AUGAAGCUCUUCUUCUUAUUCCUCGUCUUCUUUGUCGCUACCGUAUCCGCUGAUGACAAAUGCGGCAUCUGCAAGGCCUCGGUGAAAUCUAUCAAGGAUUCGAAGGAGUUGGCGUAUACGGCGGAAUUGACGACCGAGCAGAUCGAGAAUAUCGUCAAUAAACAUGUUAAGAAAAACUGUCACGCCCCCUCCAUCUGCCAAAAACUCAUCAAAUCCCUCAUCGAGAUUGCCGAUCAACUCGACGACGACCUCGAUGCCACCCCAGCUCAGCUCUGCAAAUUCGUCUAUCAGUGUUAA